AUGUCGCAUGAACGCAGCACGCCAUCAUCUCCCGGAUCAGAGGGCUUUGGUACAGUUCCUCCACCGCUGCCGCCAUCGGCCAGUCAAACUUUUGCGAGGACGUCCUCGAGCUUUCAAAGAGAGAAUGGCACCACACCUUUCGAGCAAUGGGCUAUGGGAAGGUCUGAUGAUAGUUUCAGAGCGUUGGCUGGGGCUACUGGGGGCUUCACAUCAGGGAUAGUGACUUGUCCGUUGGACGUGAUUAAGACGAAAUUACAAGCACAAGGAGGCUUCAGGCCGCAGACGAAUGGAGGCCCUUCACAUGUUGUUUACCGAGGCUUGAUAGGGACUGGCAAAGUAAUCUGGAGAGAAGAGGGGCUGAAAGGGAUGUAUCGAGGUUUGGGACCAAUAAUACUGGGGUAUUUACCGACUUGGGCUGUUUACUUUACGGUUUAUGGAAGAUCAAAACUUUUCUUCGCCAAUUACGUUGACAAUACCUACGGCGUCAACUUUUGUUCUUCCCUUGUCGCUGGAGCGUGCUCCACAAUGGUUACAAACCCAAUAUGGGUGAUAAAGACUCGAUUGAUGUCGCAAGUGAGCAGAAAGGCUACGUCGAAUGAAGCUCGGCCGCCGUGGCAUUACAGGUCCACUUUUGAUGCAGCCAGGAAGAUGUACCGAACCGAAGGGAUUCUGUCAUUCUACUCCGGGCUAACUCCUGCGCUGCUCGGGUUGACGCAUGUUGCCGUUCAAUUUCCGGCAUAUGAAUAUCUGAAGACCAAGUUCACUGGACAGGGGAUGGGCAAGUCCGUAGAAGGUGAUGAUAGCGCUCACUGGCUUGGGAUAUUUUCAGCAAGUGUGCUCAGCAAAGUCAUGGCAAGCUCGGCCACUUAUCCGCACGAGGUCAUCCGGACGAGGUUACAAACUCAACAAAGAACCAUGCCUUCUUCAACAUCUGAAUAUGUCGCAUUUCGAGGUGGGCUUGAAGGGUCUGAAUCUCACGGACCAACCGCGGUCGUUUCAAAAGUCCAGGCGGGUCGCCGAUACAAAGGUCUUGUCAUGACCUUCAAAACGAUAUUAAGAGAAGAAGGCUGGCGAGCUUUCUACGCUGGGAUGGGGACCAACAUGAUGCGAGCGGUUCCGGCUGCAACUACCACUAUGCUCACAUAUGAGUUCGUAAUGAAGAACUUGAAUCACGCCAGAGCCGAAGGGAUACAAAAGUCGAGUGCAUGGUGA